AUGCGUUGGACUUCUGAUAAUGAUCAGCUUUUGCUCCUAAAGAUCCUGGAAACCCAUGAUCUCUCCGUCGACACGAAAAAGGUAGCCCAGGCAUGGCCCGGCACCGAUCCAAAGGAAAAGCCCACCCCACGUGCCAUCACCGAGCGCCUGGCCAAGAUGCGCCAGAUUGUCAAGUCGAAUGGAGCGGAGUGCAACUUCGCCAUCAGCAAGGGAACUGGAACGCCUGGCAGGUCCCGCACCCCUAAGACACCAAAGACACCAAAAACACCAAAUACUGCUACCCCCAAAACCCCUGUUUCCAAACGCAAGUUCACUGAAACGGAAAAAACGCCCCUGGCCACCGAUGAUAACGACCAAGACGAAAAGAAAACUCCCAUCUCCACAGAGAACAUGAUGACCGAGUUCCUCAAACUUGAAGAUGAUGAUCUUGAUCUCGUUCAGAGUCAGGAGCAGCUUAACGACACCCCCACCAAGCGUGUUCGCAAGGCCUGCACCCCUCACCCUGGCAUUGUUAACUAUGCUGAAGAAGAUGAGGGUGUUGAAAGCUCUGCCUCAGAGUACUACCCUGACGCAAUCAAGAGUGAGGAUGACUUUGAAUUGUUUGCUUGAGCUUGAUGUGAUGGUUGGAAAGUCCCUCUCUUUCGGUUUGUUGACUCGUCGCUUGAUAUGGGGGAGUAGAUGGUUUGGUUGAAGGUGUAAGCCUGUAUUGAAAAAGAAAGAACCAGAUGGCCUACUAGGAUAGUAACGGUUGAAUACAAAGGAUUUGUUGCAUCGCGUUUAUGUUUACAAUGAACACCGUAGAAUGAAUAUAAAAAUUUGACUUGUAUUCGUA